CUCCACGCUGUCACUUCUUCUUCUCCACCCUUUAAACAUCAUCACCAUCACCACCAGAGGAAGAGGAAGAGGAAGAGGAUCAGCUGAUGUUUCUACUCUAGUUUAGUCUUCUUCAGAUCAGUAGUGUGAGCGCGCGUGCCAGCAGGUUUUUUGGGAUGCCGGUGCAGAUCCCGGACGACUCGGACUUCUCGUCGUUUAAAGAAGAGUGUCUGAGUUCAGAAGGAUGGAUCAGCAGGUACAGCAAGGGAGGAGUGACGGUGUGGUGCAGACAGGAGGAGAGCAGCUCAGUGCAGAAACUCAAGAUGAGGAUCGUGUGUAAGGACGUGACGGCCGAGACGCUGUACGAUGUCCUCCAUGACACCAGCUACCGCAGGAAGUGGGACUCCAACAUGAUCGACACCUACGACAUCGGCAGGCUGACGGUCAACGCCGACGUCGGUUAUUACUCCUGGAAAUGUCCGAGCCCGCUGAAGAACAGAGACUUUGUGACGAUGAGGUCUUGGCUUCCUCUCGGCAACGACUACCUGAUCAUCAACUACUCUGUCAAACACCCGCAACAUCCUCCGAAGAAAGAUUACGUCCGAGCCGUCAGUCUGCUGACCGGAUACCUGAUCCAGUCUAACGGAGCCAACUGCUCCACACUCUAUUACCUGACCCAGGUAGACCCUAAAGGUUCUUUACCAAAGUGGGUGGUGAACAGAGUGUCUCAGUUCGUGGCUCCAAAGGCCAUGAGGAAGAUCUACAAGGCGUCUCAGAAGUAUCCCGACUGGAAGAGGAAGCACAACCCGCUGCUGAAGCCGUGGAUGUUCCCGGAGCAGAACUCGCUGCCGUGCAUCGACGCGUCGGAGCUGACGAGGCAACGAGCCGACUCGCUGGAGAACAUCGACGAGAGCGGACUGAGCGAGGAGAAGCACAGCGGAGACGAGGAGACCUGAACAUCCACACACUGAUUUACUGGUGGUUUGCUUCUUUGUUUGUUUGUUUGUCACACUGAUCAGACUACACUUUAAAACAAUAAAAAGUCUUCCUGUGUAGCUUAAAUGAUUCUUUUGAUGUUAUUACACUCAAACUUUGACUUCAGAUCCAGUUCAGGAACAUCAGGUAUGUCACUUUAAGAGCCAGAUAUUUCCCUCAGAAGUAAAAGCAGAGCUAAAAGAGAGUAAAGAUUACACUUAUAUUCAGCAGGUGGACAGAAACACGAUGAACUAAUGAAUGAUAAUAAGUUUAACUCUCUCAUACUGUUCAUAUUCUCUUCUCACAGUUUG